AUGCUGUCUUGUCAUAUUCCUCAUUCACGGUCUGCUCUGCUCUGUAGGGAGUUUGCACGUUGGAAGGUGAGGAACACGGCCAUCGAGAGGCGGGAUCUGAUCCGGAAUCCUCUGCCCUUGAUGCCGGAGUUCCAGCGCAGCUUGCGGAUGCUUGGACGACGGCCGUCCACGCAACAGUUCAUCGACACCAUUAUCAAGAAAUAUGGGACGCACAUCUUGAUCUCAGCUACACUGGGAGGUGAGGAAGCUCUCACCAUGUACAUGGCCAAGAACAGGCUGGACCGGAAGAUGGUCAACGCCACCCAAGGAGUCGAGGCACUGCACCAGCUCGCCUCCUCAUACUUCAUCGACCGUGACGGCACUAUGCGCAAACUCCACGAGAUACAGAUCUCCAGCAAUGCCAUCAAGGUGACGGAGACGCGGACGGGUCCACUCGGCUGCAGCACGUAUGAUAAUCUGGACUCGGUCAGUUCUGUUCUUCUUCAGAGUCCGGAGAGCAAACUCCAUCUGCAGGGUUUGCAGGUCAUUUUCCCUGAGUACCUGCAGGAGAAGUUUGUCCAGUCGGCACUCAGCUACAUCAUGUGCAACGGAGAGGGAGAAUAUGUCUGCCAGAACAGUCAGUGCAUCUGUCAGUGUGCCGAUGAGUUUCCACACUGCAACUGUCCCACCACUGACCUCCAGAUCAUGGAGAACACGGUCAUCGGCAUGGCAGAGACUUGGGAAGCAUCUUACAACGACUUUGAGAACUCAGAUGAGUUUAAGUCGUUUCUUAAACGCCUGCCCCCGACACACUUUCUGCCUGUGAGCAGCGUGCACCUGCUGUGGGGGAGCGACUGGGACCUUCAGAACCGCUAUCGGCUCUUGCAGAGUUCACUGGAGGCCCAGAGACUGAAGAUCCAGCGCACGGCCCGGAAACUCUUCGGUCUGAGCAUUCGCUGUCACCACAACCCCAACCACCAGAUGCCCAGAGAGAGAUCUGUGCUACAGUGGCUGAACCGCGUGCAGUCAUUCCUCUACUGCAACGAGAACGGCUUUUGGGGAACCUUCCUGGAGAGCCAGCGUACGUGCGUGUGCCACACAGGGGCCACCCUUUGCCAGCGGCCCAUCCCUUGCGUGAUCGGCGGCAACAACAGUUGUGCCAUGUGCAGCCUGGCCAACAUCUCGCAAUGUGGCUCCUGCAACAAAGGCUACAAGCUGUACCGUGGACGCUGCGAGCCGCAGAACGUGGACUCGGAGCGCAGCGAGCAGUUCAUCAGCUUCGAGACGGACCUCGACUUCCAGGACCUGGAGCUCAAAUACCUGCUGCAGAAGAUGGACUCACGGCUGCACAUCCACACUACCUUCAUCAGCAACGAGGUGCGCCUGGAGACCUUCUUCGACCCACGGUGGCGCAAGCGGAUGUCGCUGACACUCAAGAGCAACAAGAACCGCAUGGACUACCUGCACAUGGUCGUAGGCCUGUCCAUGAAGAUCUGCCAGAUGCGCAACAGUAGUGUGGACCCCAUGUUCUUCAUCUACGUGAACCCGUUCAGUGGAAGCCACUCGGAGGGUUGGAGCAUGCCGUUCGGUGAGCACGGAUAUCCGCGCUGGGAGAAGGUGCGACUGCAGAACUCGCAGUGCUUUAACUGGACCCUGCUGUUGGGAAACCGCUGGAAGACCUUCUUCGAGACGGUGCACAUCUACCUGCGAAGCCGUGCUAAGGUGCCCACUGUCCUGCGGAACGACACGGGCCAUGGGCCAGUGGACUUAUCUGACCCCAACAAGCGGCAGAUCUACAUCAAGAUCUCUGACAUCCAAGUAUUCGGCUAUAGCCUGCGAUUCAAUGCUGACCUGCUGAGGAGCGCUGUGCAGCAGGUCAAUCAGUCGUACACGCAGGGGUCCCAGUUCUACUCAUCCUCAUCCAUCAUGCUCCUGCUGCUGGACAUACGAGAGAGAAUUAACCGUCUGGCCCCUCCAGUGGCCCCUGGGAAGCCCCAGCUGGACCUGUUCUCCUGUAUGCUGAAACAUCGACUCAAGCUCAACAACAGCGAGAUGAUUCGCGUAAAUCAUGCCUUGGACAUGUACAAUACAGAAAUCUUGAAACAAUCAGACCAUCUGACUACCAAACUCUGCUGAAAACACAAUUUAAAAGAAAAAGAAAAAAGAAAGAUUCCUUUUUCAUUUGAUUUG